AUGGAAAGAUACGUCUCUUGGAUUUUUCUCUGCUUUUUGAUCAAUAUCUAUUUGACAACUGUGACAGCAUCAUCAACAGGCUACACACCUGUUAAAUACACCAUCCAACCUCUAUUCGGCCAGAAAAACACAUCAUGGUUAGAUUAUGAUAUACGAAAGGUUUAUCCAUCCUUCCAACAUUCCGAAGAUAUCGUUUACUUACUUCAUUCAGCCGAUUUACUUUCUUCAUUGAUGAGAUUGAAUAUUUCGAAUGGACGAGUGGAUAAACUGUUGGAAAAUAUCAUAUGCAUUGCUCAACCAAGUAUUAAUAAUAUUCAUCAUGACAUUUUCUACGUUGUUGAAAGUAGGAAUGAUAAACAAUGUGUUUUAUCAAAAUUUAAUGUGACAAGCAACUUGAUAGAGAGAAUAGCAGGAGAUUCAUGUGAUUUUACCUCACAGGGAUUUAAUUCAUUUAGUGAAUUGAAAUUUGCUGCCAAUUGUUUACUUGCUGUUCAUAUGAGUAGUCCAAAUGAGAAUGUUCACAUUUACUAUUCGAUAUUUGGUAAAGAGAAAGUUUACAUGAUUGAUGAAAGGCAACGAACAACACGAGUGAUAACACUACAAUCAGAUAUAAGCUCUUUGCAUGUCAAUUCAAACGAUGAGUUGUUUCUUGUUGGUUAUAAUAGUAUUGGAAAGUUACUUUCGAAUGGAAAUACUACUACUCUUUAUCAGAGCAGAAGUGAUUUAAGUUUUAUUCAGGGAUUUGAAUUGGAUUUAACCCCACAGAACAAUAAUAUUGAAAUAUUCUACCACGCUCAAUAUCCAGAUAAUCAAUUAUUUAAAACCACAAUUACCAUUGAUUCUCAGGGUAAUAACAAGGUAAAUUCUGAGGUAAUAAGUGGAGUUUAUGCAACUGUGGGAUCUAGGGGAGAUUCUGGGUUAGCAAUUGAUGCUCAAUUGAGUUAUUAUAUUUCGAUCUCACUCAUUAGAGGAAAAUUGUGGCUAAUAGGCUAUAGUAUAAUAAGACAAAUUGAUUUGAAAACUGGAAUUAUUUCGUCCCUAUUGACAAGUUAUGGAAUGAGAGUAUUUAACACAAAUGAAUUGGAGGCACCAUUCCUUCUGAGAUCUCCAAGAGAUGUAAUUUAUUCUUAUAAUCAGGGAAAUCCAUCUCUUUUAAUAUCAGAAUCUGGGUCAUCGUCUAUUCUCAGAUAUUCUCUAGUGAGUGGAAAAGUAGAGAAUAUUGAAAAUGACUUGAUUCCAUUAUCUCCUAAUGAACUCUAUAAGGCAACACCUGUAAUUUCAAAUCCAUAUUCAAUUGCUUUAGAUAGGGAUUCUAAUUUACUUGUAUCAAAUGAUAUCAGCCAUUGGUCCAGUAAUUUUCUAGUGAAAUUCAACAAUAGUAAUAUGAAUAGUCAUUCCAUUUUGUUUGGAAAUAAGUUGUCAUCUUUGAAUGAUAUCAAGACAAAUGUUAAGGCAUCAGUAUUAAACAGACCCUCAGGAGUAACUAGCUUACAACAAAAGGGUGAUAUGUUAAUUUUCAUUUCAGAUACAAAUAAUAAUAGAGUAUUGAUGAUUAGUACAGUGAAUGGAACUAUUUCGACUAUUGCGAGUAAAGAAAAGCAUGGUAUUGAUGGACCAUAUGGGAUAACCACUGUAGUAGAUAUUGAUAAUAGGGAUAUAUAUAUACUAUUUUCAGAUUCUAAUAAUCAUUGUGUUAGAGCUAUUAAUUUACAAGACUUUUCAGUUUCUGUUUUUGCUGGUCAACCAGGAACUGUGGGAUCUAUUAAUGAUCAUGCAUUGAAUAGUACUUUUAAUCGUCCAACAGGACUAUCCUUUGGAGAUGGACAUGUCUAUGUUGCCGAUUCAGGAAAUCACAUGAUAAGGUCCAUUUCAAUAACUACCAAAUCUGUUAAAACUUUUGCUGGUACAGGCAUACCAGGUUUUAAUGGUGAUGGUAAAUUACUACUGGAAACCCAACUCAACUCACCAAUGGACGUGGUUUUUACGGUUACAAUGGGAAUAUUAGUUGCAGAUACGUUCAACCAUAGAAUAAGAUUAUUAAUUCCCAAUUUCAUUGUGAAAACUAUUGCAGGAUCAAGUGUUGAUGGAAGUGGAGGUGAUGAGGGACCAGCAAUUAACAGUGAGUUAUUCUAUCCUCACAGUAUUAGUUUUGGAGUUACAGCCAUCUAUAUUGCAGAUACUUUCAAUAACAAAAUUAGAGCAAUUUCAAUAAGUGAUUUCACUAUUAGAACUGUGGUAGGCCAAACAGGGUUUCCAGGUUUAGAGGGAGAUGGAGGAAAUGCGCUUGUGGCAAAACUAAAUGGGCCAGUGUUUGUACAUUCGUAUGUUGAUGAAGGAGGAAUAGAACGUGUACUAAUUUCUGACAAUAGAAAUGAUAGAUUAAGAGUUUAUUAUCCAGGUAACAAUGUCAUUCAUUCAUUAGCAGGAGGAAUUGGCGACUUUGGUCCUUCAGAAAAUGCUAUUGGAAACUGUCUUGGUAUCUCUGUUGCUCCAAAUAAUGAUAUUUACUUGACAGAUGUGAAAAACAAUUUAAUAAGAUUAAUUAGAAAUGGAAUUAUUUCGACAAUAGCUGGAAAUGGAGGCUAUGGGUUUAACUUGGAUAAUAUUUAUGCUACACAAGCAUCCUUAGCAUAUCCUUCAGGCAUUGUUUAUUCAGAAUCGACAGGAAAUCUCAUAUUUUCAGAUACAAAUAAUCACAGAAUCAGAGUUAUUCACAAAAAUGGCACUAUAUCAACCUUGGCGGGAAAUGGAAUUGCAGGCUUUUCUGGAGAUGAGGAUUUGGCAAUUAAGGCACAAAUUAAUUCACCCACUUAUUUGAAAAUUAUUUCUCCAUACGAAGACAUUGUCUUUUCAGAUUCUAAAAACUAUCGUAUUAGACGAAUUCGAAAUGGAAUAAUUUCAACAAUAGCUGGAGGUGGAAAAGGAUCUUCUUAUUCAUUAAAGGAAUCACCAGCAAAUGAUGUUUCAUUGGGAAUUCCAGAAGGAAUUUCAUUCUCGAAUGAUGGAAAGGGAGAAAUUUAUGUUGCAGAUUCCAAACUUAACAUUAUACAAAAGAUGAAGCCCUAUUGUCAGGAAGGUUUCAUUCUCAGUACGAAUAUGGUCGAGUGCAUUCCAGUGUGUUUUGGAAAAGCUGCCAAUGAGAGUCACUCUUGCAAUUAUGGAAAUGGAACAUGUAUUAAUUUUAACAAGUGUGAAUGUAGCUCAGCAUAUAGUGGAAUGGAAUGUAAAGUACCAAUAUGUUUUGGCAUCUCAAGUGAUCAAUCAAGUGUUUGUUCUUCGAAUGGUUCAUGUAUUUCACCAAAUGUUUGUGAAUGUAAGAAUGGAUACAAGGGAUCUAAUUGUGAAAUUCCAAUUUGUUUUGGAGAAUCUGGAUCAAAGGCAUGUAGUGAAAAUGGAAAAUGUGUUAAAUACAAUACUUGUCAAUGUAAAGAAGGAUUCAAUGGAGAGAAUUGUGAAAGUAAUAUUAUAGUGUUAGGAGUAGUACUUGGAUUGGUUGGAUUCUUUACAGUAAUUAUCUCAAUUAUUUCAAUCAUCUUGAUUUUCAUUUUCAAAAAAUACAAAAGGAUUAUUAAUACUGAUCUCAAAUUGGACGAAAGAUUACUGACACAAACUGAAUUGUACGAUUCUACAAAUAUUGAUUCACAUCAUAGCUCUGAUGAGGAGAAUAAGUUUAUAAUUCCAAUUGAGCAAUUAAAUAUGGAUAAACCAAUAAGAAGACUGGGAGAAGGAGGAAUUGGAUGUGUUUUCCAAACCAGAUACCAUGGCAUGUUAGUUGCUGUCAAAGUAUUCGAUUUGAAUAAUAUGGAUAUUUCAGAAAAUGAUUUCAAGAAUGAGGCAAUUCUAUUAAGCAAUUUAAGAAAUCCCAAUAUUAUUUCAUUUUACGGAGUUUCAUCCACCCCAACAAAGAGAUUUAUAUGUAUGGAAUGUAUGGAUAAGAGUUUGGAAAAUUUAAUUGCUUCUUUGCAAAGAGGUUAUUUAAAGUGUUCGUUGAAACAAAAACUUGAGAUUUUGGUCAAUGUCGCAAGUGGUAUUAAUUAUCUUCAUCAUUUGGAACCAAAUUAUAUUGUUCACAGAGAUUUGAAACCUGCAAAUAUUCUGUUGGAUAAAAAUGGAACUGCCAAAUUGGCUGAUUUUGGUUUAGGAAGAGCAUUCUCUUCUCAUACCAUGUCAGCAGUUACUUCACAAAUUGGAACUUUUAAUUACAUGAGUCCUGAGCUAUUUUCAGGUGAAAUUGGAAGAGAUGAUGCUAGAUCAAUAGAUAUCUAUAGUUUGUCCAUAAUUAUGUGGCAACUUUUAUUCGAAAUUAUGGAACCUUAUCAAAGUACCGAUUCAAAAGUUCUAAAAAAGUUAAAGUUAUCAAAAGCAAAUACAUUUAAUAGUACUUACCAUUUCCAUAAGAGUAUCUGUGAGGGAGAUCUGAGACCAAUAAUUCCAUUCUCAGAUAUUGGUGAAUGUAGAGAGUGGUGUGGGGAAUUCCUGUCUGAAACGAAUAAUUCACAUGUUAACUGUUAUGAAAUAAUUUAUGAAAUUACAGAAUUAAUUAAACGGGCAUGGAGAAAAGAUCCAAAAGAAAGACCAACCAUUGAUGAAAUUUUGACCAAGUUGGAAUUAAUGUUGGAACGUUUCGAAUAA